CUCCUGCUUAACGUCAGCCUCGCAACCUGCUACCCUCCGUCCACCGGGCCGCGCUAGCUUUCGCGUUCCGCCUGAGGGGCGGCGUGGUGGGGGGCGCCACGAACUGCGUGUGGGACGGCUUCAGCAACAACCUGUCGGAGAAGAGUUCCAGUCACAAAUGCAUAUGUGAUGCAUUUUGACAUUCACUGCUAAGAUGAAAUGCAGAAGUGAACACCACACACUCGUUCUAGUAUUCUCAGAUAUGAUUAGAUGUACUUUAUCAUGUUUUUAUGCUACUGACCUAUAAGAAAAAAAUACUAAAAAAGGGUAGCAGUUAAAUACCUAAGACCUGCAACUUCAGUACGUCUGGGAUGAUCUGGAAUAUCACAAGGAGAGAUUUUAUUACAGAAUAUACACACCUUGUCUGAGCCCUCAGCCUAGGUUCAUACACAUUUCCUUCAUUAGAAGUUGUCACCAGACACUUUACCUCCCAGGAUGGACAACAGUCUCCCAACAGAGUUUGAUGUGGUUGUAAUAGGGACGGGUUUGCCUGAAUCCAUCCUUGCAGCUGCAUGUUCCAGAAGUGGUCAGAGGGUUCUGCAUCUUGAUUCAAGAAGUUACUAUGGAGGAAACUGGGCUAGUUUCAGCUUUUCGGGAUUGCUCUCCUGGUUGAAGGAAUAUCAGCAAAACAGUGACAUUGGGGAAGAAAGUACUGCAGCAUGGCAAGACAUGAUCCAUGAAACAGAAGAAGGCAUCACUCUUCGCAAGAAGGAUGAAACCAUUCAACACACAGAAGUUUUUUGUUAUGCCAGUCAGGAUAUAGAUGACAAUAUUAAAGAGAUUGAUGAUCUGCAGAAGAAUCCUUCCUGGGUAGCAUCUAGUACCAUCAUUAAACCUCUGGAUUCUGCAUGCUUGUCUGAAGAAACGCACUCAUUAUAUGUUUCUAGCUAUGAAGUGCCUGCAAAAGGCACUCCAGAAAACAAUGGAGAAGUAACUGAUACAGCAGAAACCUUGGUGAAAGAAGAAUAUUGUGGAUAUAAAACUUAUAAACACAGAGUUUCAGAUGGUGCUAAAGACGAAAUCAAACCUAUAUUGGAAGACAACAGUGAUCCGCCAAAGAGAAACAGGAUUACUUACUCUCAAAUAGUUGAAGAAGGCAGGAGGUUUAAUAUUGAUUUGGUAUCAAAGCUGCUUUAUUCCCAAGGACUGUUAAUUGAUCUUUUAAUCAAAUCAAAUGUUAGUCGUUAUGCAGAAUUUAAAAAUGUCACUAGGAUUCUUGCAUUUCGAGAAGGAAAAGUAGAGCAGGUGCCUUGCUCCAGAGCAGAUGUCUUUAAUAGCAAAGAGCUCACUAUGGUUGAAAAGAGGAUGCUAAUGAAAUUUCUUACAUUUUGUUUAGACUACGAACAAUAUCCUGAUGAAUACCAAGCUUUCACGCAAUGCUCAUUUUCAGAGUAUUUGAAAACCAAAAAAUUAACCCCCAGCCUCCAACAUUUUGUACUACACUCAAUUGCAAUGAUGUCAGAGUCAUCUUGCACAACAAUAGAAGGCCUUAAAGCAACAAAAAACUUUCUUCAGUGUCUUGGAAGAUUUGGCAACACUCCCUUUUUAUUUCCCUUGUAUGGCCAAGGAGAAAUUCCCCAGUGUUUCUGCAGGAUGUGUGCAGUUUUUGGUGGAAUAUAUUGUCUUCGCCAUAAAGUACAAUGCCUUGUAGUUGACAAAGAAUCAGGAAGAUGUAAAGCAAUUAUAGAUCACCUUGGUCAAAGAAUAAAUGCUAAGUAUUUCAUUGUGGAGGAUAGUUACCUUUCUGAGGAAACAUGCUCAAAUGUGCAGUACGAGCAGAUCUCCAGGGCAGUGCUCAUUACAGAUCAGUCUAUACUAAAGACAGAUUCAGAUCAGCAGAUUUCCAUUUUGAUAGUACCUCCAGUGGAACCAGGAGCAUGUGCUGUUCGAGUCACUGAAUUGUGUUCUUCAACCAUGACGUGCAUGAAAGACACCUGUCUGGUACAUCUGACCUGUUCAUCUUCCAAAACAGCAAGAGAAGACUUAGAAUCAGUGGUGAAGAAAUUAUUCACCCCAUAUGCUGAAACAGAAAUAGACAAGGAAGAACUUGCAAAGCCAAGACUCUUGUGGGCUCUUUAUUUUAACAUGAGAGAUUCCUCAGGAGUCAGCAGAAGCUCAUAUAAUGGCUUACCUUCCAAUGUUUAUGUCUGCACUGGGCCUGACUGUGGACUAGGAAAUGAACACGCAGUCAAGCAAGCUGAAACACUCUUCAAGGAGAUCUUUCCAAGUGAAGAAUUCUGCCCCCCACCUCCAAAUCCAGAAGACGUUUUCUUUGAUGGUGAUGAUAAGCAACCAGAGCCUCUUGGAGCCAAUACUAUAAUAAUAGCCCAACUAGAAUCCUCUGAGGGAAGCAAAAACCUAGAAAGCUCAGAGAAGCACCUUCAAAAUUAGAAAAAAGCAAACUGGAAAUGCUAUUUUGGGCCUUCAUCCAGUAUCAGAAUAUUCUCAUUUAAAGGACAGUUUCCUAAAUGAGUAAUUAGAAGUGGUUAUUUGAUAAAUGCCAUGCAGAUGUUGUCUAUAAUUCUCUUUGUGACUUUCAGUUAUUGGAUGUAUUUGUUAACCUAUCAAUAACUGAUUUAUUGGUUAUUGGACUUCUUUUUGUUUCAGAAUGGGCUCCAUGAGCCAGAAUCUUAAACAGGGUUAGCUUUAUUUUAGUACUGGGUAUAUAUGUGAGGGUUCCAUAUUAGCCAUGGUGCUUAAAGGAAGAUGGUAUUGUGUCUGCUGAUCUUCAGAUUUUAUUAUUGUCUACAGAACAAUAACAUCUAAGGAAUGUUUUAAUUACUUUUGUAGCUAUUACAGUUGCUACCACCUCUGAAUAGUGAAACACACACAGAGGAAAUUAUGUGGGUCUUUUGUUUAUAAUAAACAUAAUGUAUCAAGUAUGAUCCUUUAUUUGUGAAGGUGAUGUUUACAAUACAUCUUGCAGUUUAAUUCUCCUACUUGACCCUUGUAACCAAUGAGUCAGUGACGCCACCACAGUCUUAUACAUUGCAAAAGGAGUCAGAGAGUUCAUUUAGUAGUUGAAGAGCUCAUUCUUGGGAGGUUCAGUCCAAAGAAAAUCUAGGGGGAAAGAUUAGUUCUGGUUUAAUACUUCAGAAAAUUUCUGAAGAGCACUCCUCUGGCACCUAAAAGAAAAGAACUUCUAAGUAACUCAGGCUAAAGAAAAAAUAAAUUGCUCCAGGAAAAGACAUUUCAGAAUGCUUGUUCUGAAAUUGCUAAGGAGAAACUGAGUGAAGCAUUUUUAAUCUGGGAUUACAAAUGGUUUUUAAAAUCCAUCUGUAAAUAGAUUUCCUAAGGGUUCUCAGUGAAAGUGAAGCAUACAAUCUUGUUGGCUCCACCACUUUAAUUAGUAACACUACAAUUGAUAGGAGUGAAUCAAAGGAGGGUUACCAUGUCCCUUUGGUCGUGUCCCACCCCGCAAAUAAUGAGGUAAAUGCCUUCAUAAUCAACUCCUGCCUCUUAGCUGUUAUCUAGAGGAUAGAAAACAUUUUUUUCCAGAACUACCAGAAGUCAUAAAGCUGGUUAUACUCUAGCAGCAGAAGCUUGUGGAGCUGUCAGAAGAAAUAAACUUCCUUCCCUUUAGGUCACUGUUUCCAUUCCUCAGACAGAGAAUGAUAAUCCUAUAGGAAGGAUUUAGGAAGGGAUAGGAAAGGAUAUAGGAAGCCCUUUUAAUUACAGUUUUUGUCCUGGAACAGAGCAUUUGCUAUGUGCUAGGCACUUAUUGUGCUCUCUAAUUACAGUUUCUCAACAACCCUGUGAGGCAGAUGUUAUUGAAUACAUUUUCAAAGAGGAAAUAAAGACUUAAUAAUUCUCUCUGAGUCUGGUUUGUGGAAGAGCCAACAUUGGAAUCCAGGCUUUCAUGAUUUCAAAAUCUUUCAACUGAUGUUAACUGUUAGAAGAGUGUAGGUACUGUAAGAGAAGGAAAAGAUGCUCAUGAAAACCAGUCUAGCGUUGCUAGUGAAUCAAAGUAGACAGACAUCGCUUGGCUUAUUAUUGAGUCAGAGAAAUAUGAAAAUAAAGAUUGAUUAAAAAUAAAUAUGGCUUAGAGCUGUGGAUCUCAUUGAAGCAGAAUUUGUCUAAGUUUUAACAAAAUCAUACUUUUUAAUGUAUCUUUUGAUUAUUGUGUUAUAAAAAGUAAUGUUACUAGGCCAAAAUAUGCUUUGAAUAGUCUUUUGUUGAUCUUCUAUAUGUGAGAAAAACGAAACAAGAAAGAUUUAAGUAAUUUUCAGCUUACUGAAGUAGAGAAGUCAUGAAUUGGUAUUAAUUUAUAUGUUUUGAAUCUAGCAGAUCUAUUAUUGGGUGGAUUCUAAGGCUUAAACUUAUCAAAACAACUGAAAUGUCUGAAAUAGACCUAAAAAUUAGUUAUUAAAAUGUAAAAGAAUUUAAGAUGUUAAGUGAAGUGGAGGUGAAGGUAAUCCAGACCUAUUGAAAAAAUUUUAAUUUCCAUAUCAUGAAUAUUUUUAUUCAUAAGAAUUUGAGAAGGGUAACGAGAAGUUGCAAAAAAUUAUAGAACCAAAGAUAAUGGAAACAGGAAAAUGUUAGAUUAGAUAACAUAAGGGUUUUAAAAACUAAGAAAAUGAAUAUAUUGGUUUCCUACUUGAAUGCAGAUAAAUUGGAAAUGAAAAAAGUUAUUACCAAUAAAAAGCAUUUUAAAAAUUAGAGGAUGUUAUAACCUAGUAUAAUUUUCUGACAAGUUGGAAUUUUACCCUUAUGGGCUUAUUGGUGAACUUUUUCAAAUGCUCAAAGUAUAAAUAAUAUCUGUGUAUCAAAAGAUGAUAUAAUAUUUGUAUUUUGAGGUUAAUAUUGCCUCAAUGCUAGGAGUCAAACAUUUUGAAAAGGGUCUCAUUCUGAGCAAAUGCAAAAUAUUAGCAAAUGAUACACAACAUAAAAAUGAUUAUUUACUGUGACUCAGGAUUAUAAGGUUGGUGUUCAACAGAAUAACCAUUAAAUCAAUAUCAACAGAACAAAAUAGUAAAAAUGCAAAGUAUUAACUACAGGUAACUUUAAAAAUAUUAAUAAAAUUCAUCAUUUUUUAUUUAAUUAUCUCUGGUAAUGAUUUUUUUGGUUUCUCAUUGUGAUAAGUAAUUACUUAAAACCAAGAACUAACAUCAUUCCUAUUAGGAAAACAUAUAGGAACCAUUUCUCAAGCAGAAGUUAAAUAAUCUUGGCACUAUUAUUUAUAUAUGGUUGAAAAAGCUCGUCAUUGUAAUAAAUCAUUAAUAAGCAUUCAUAAGUGAGAAAGAUAAGGAAAGCACAAAUAUUUUCUAUUGACAUGGCUUUUAAACUAGUGAAACCUGUAGUAUCAUAAACAUGCUGACAAUAAAAGACUAAUUCAGGAAGUUGCAGGAUAUAUAACUUUUAAAUUAAUCUUAUUUCUAGAUUCAAACAGUGACAAACUACAACUUAAAGUGUUUGGGUAUUAACAUAUACAAGCCAUUUAAAGAAAGUUAUACAACUAUAUUGAGAUAAGGAAGAUGCUUAUGUAGAAGCAGGUUACAGGAACUGCAUCCUAGUAUAAUGAAAAGGAAGUAAAUAGGAAAUCUGAAAACCAAAAUUAGAGUCCUCACUUUACUACUUACAAGUUGUGUAAUCUUGGGAAAAUCAUGCCUACUUUCCAUUUCACCAUCUAUAAAAUAGAAAUAAUGCUUUGCAGAAUUAUUAUGAGGAUUAAAUUAAUGUAAAAGAAAUUAUGUCCAAAGGACUGGCAAUAGGGUGAAGUUAGUAUGUAGAUUUACUACACUUCCACUUGACGUUCCAACUGGAUGCUUUAUAUAAUUUGACAGAAUUGUGAUAAAUAAUUUAGGAAAAUAAGCAAGGAUAUGUCUUUUUAACUUAGGGGGAAAAAGGGAGUUUCACCCUUCAGAUCGUUAAAACAUGCUGUUAAGCAUCUUUUCUAAAUACACUAUGGUAGUGAGUAGAAAGUUUAAGACUAAUAAACUAAUUGGAAAGAAAUAUAUAAUAAUUGCUGGUGGAAAAAUUAGCUGGAUGUCAGUAUAAAAAAAGAAAUUAGAUCCACUUCACACAUAACAGUUUCAGUUUGUUCCAGAUUAAGAUCUUCAGUAUAAAGGUAAAAAUAAAAAGACUACAAUUCUCAUCCCAAUAAUUUUGCAAAGGACACUUUAUGGCAAAGAAAAAUAGUGACAAGGUAGAGGAGAUCAACUAAGAAAAAUGAAAAAAGUAUACUAAAUAGGAAGAAGACAAAAGAAGAAAUGGGGUAAAAGCCACUUGCAUUACACAAGGAUAAAGUACUCAAUAUUUUUUAAAAGGUAAGUGCAAAUCCAUAGGACUUUGUGCUCUUUACUAGGCAAGUUUAUGAAAGAAUUGAGUUCAAACGAGAAGAUAGAAAUAAAAUGGUAUUCAGAUUUACUAAUGUUAAAAAUGCAAACGAGCAACUUUGACUUAGUUCAUGCAAUUAUAUUAGCAAAAAAUUUUUAAUUGCAUGUAUCCUCAUACCAGUAGGAUUAUUAUAUUAAUGUAGUUUUUUUGAAGAACUAUUUAGAAGAAUAUAAUAAGAACUCUAUAACCAAUCUGUAUUUUGAUAGCUCUAUCUCACUCUGAGUAGCAUAUGCCCAGGAAAAUAUUUUAAAAGAAAAAAAAAGUCUAUUUGUAUAAAGAUAUUUCUAGUGAUUGCAUUCAUUUGAGUUUUAAAAAAAGCCCAGUAAUUGGGAACUGGAUAAGUAAAUUUUCAUGUUUUGCUAUUGAUAUCAUAGACUGUUAUAUAGCCAUUAAAUAGUAUUGAUAUAUGUAAAACCAUAUGGGAAAAUGUUUAAAUGAGACUUAAAAGUGUUAAAACAUAAAUUAUUGUAUUUACUGAUUGUGUUUGUGUAAAAAUUUAGGUCUAUAUAUUGGAAAGAAUCAGAAGAGAACAUUGUAAUUAGUUUAACAUUAAGAGGUUCUUUUUUCUAUAAAA